CUAGAGGGUUAGGGCUGGAAAAUAGGUCCGUGUUAGAAUGUAAGAUAGACACACUCGAUUAAGAAUUAAGCGUGGAUAACCUUUCAGUGUAAAGCAAUGUUGAGAAAAUAUGACCUUGUUUCAAGGGUCAUUCCAUCAUUAUUCAAAAGCCAACCAAUUAGAUGGACGUCAGUGGCCAGUAGUACCAACAAAGAUGAGGUGAAACCUUUUGAAAAAAUCCCAGGUCCUAAAGGACUUUACAAUAUACCCAUUAUUGGAGCAUUCUUUCACUUCAGGCCUUUCGGUAAAUUUACACCUCAGACCACACACAAGCUUAUUGACAGCUUGCACGAAAAGUAUGGGCCUGUGGUUCGAGUACAGCUUGGAAGGAAAUGUGUCCUGUUGGAGGAUGUGAAAGACAUUGAGACGGUCUUCAGAAAUGAGGGCAAAUAUCCAAACAGACCUGGAAUUGAUAUUUCCAAAGUUAUCUAUGAAAAGAAUGGACUCAAAUUACCACUUUCCGAAAUACAAGGAGAAGAGUGGCAAAAAUUAAGAACUCCCGUCAACAAAAGACUAAUGAAAGCUGACUCGGCCUAUCAUUACCUGGUCCCACAGAACGCCGUAGCUGAUGAUUUUGUCAACAUUUUGGCCACACAAAAGUUAACACCGGAAGAAAUGAAAGAUCUUUUCUUUCGCUAUGCUUCUGAGAGUAUAGCAGUGGUGACAUUUAACACCAGACUGGGGUUCCUUGAUAACUCGUCAGAUAAGGAGUCAUCAGAGUUUCUUGAAGCCACUAAAACGGUUUUCUCUAUAAUAACUGAUGCUAUCAGUGGUAAAAUAAUCACCCAUAAAUGGUACAAAAGCCAGGCCUAUACGGAUAUGGAGAAAAGUUUAUUGCUCAUUCGAAAAAAUUCGAAAAAACAUGCUUUAAAAGCAAAAGAAAUAAUCGAACAACAAAAGAAAGAUGGGUCAUUGAACCCAGAGGAGCCGAACUUACUUCUCUCCCUUGUAUCAGAAAAUGGUCUAGACGCUGAUGACGUUAGUAACAUACUGGACGCACUUUACGGUGCUGGUACAGAUUCUACAGCAAAGAAUCUUCAAGUUUUCUUCUACAACUUGGCUAAAAACCCAGACAAACAGGAAAUUCUUAGAAAAGAAAUUUUAGAUGUUGUGGGGGAAUCCGGUGUUGUGGAUGCUAAAGCCCUUUCAAAAAUGCCCUACCUGAAGUAUUGUCUAAAGGAAUCUUUCAGAGCCUCCAAAAAAUGCUUUGAUGACCCAGACAAGUUUAUCCCAGAGAGAUGGAUGAGAGCAGACGAUGGUCGUAAACAGGACAACACAAACAGCAUGGCGGUUUUACCGUUUGGUCACGGACCCCGUAACUGUAUUGGCAGACGUUUUGCUGUUCAGGAAAUUUAUCUGGCAACAGCUAAAGUUCUCCAGAAGCUAAAGAUAGAAUUAGAACCCGAUUCCUGGAAUACAGAAUUUAUCUACACGACAUUCGUUGACACGGAGAAACCAAUCAGAUUUAAGUUUAAACAAAUUUAG